AUGGCAAAAAAAUUAAUUACAAGUUUACCAUUGAUGCAGGAUGCGUCAUUUAUUGUCAUUGAUGAAGAUGUGGAAGAACCGUGUGCUGAUAAUUUAAUCGAUGGAUGGAUGCAAAUGUGGAGUACUGCAAAUUUAAGUCAACAAAUAAAUUUAUUAUUAUUUUUUAAUACUAAAUCUCAUUAUAAUUAUUUAACAACAUUGUUUAAAGAUGAUAAAUUUCACAUACAUGACUAUUGUUUGGAAGACUUGGAUAAAAUUUAUGAAAAGCAAGAUUUUAACGAGAUUUGUGAGAGAAUAAUGAAAUCGAGUAUUGUAGAUGAAAAAUCAAUCGUUGUUCUGAAUUGUCUGAGUUCACUGAUUGUUAAUAUAGGAUUAGCUAGAGCCUUACGAUUUGUUGAUAAAUUAUCACAACGUGUAUCACAAUUGAUUUGUAUUUACAGGCGUGACUUUGGAACGCAAAAAAUUCCAAAGAUUGAAACGUUGGGGACUACGUAUGUUAGAUUGGGUAAAUCUAGCGAAACAGCAAUGAAUAAUGAAAUUUCUUAUGAAGUAGCAAUGGUUCAUUGUAAAAGAGGAGGUGGCAUCUUGAAAAAGCAUGUUGUUAUUACUCAAGAUCCAGUAAGCUGUGAGAUAAAGUCAGAGAAUCCUGUUGAGUUUAAAGCUCCAGUGUUGGUUUCUCAAGUUGUUGAAUCGUCAGUAAAGCCUCAAGCUUCAUUUAGGAUAGACAUGAAUGCAAGAGAAUUGGAACAACGUAAUCAAACGCCGUUGCCUUACAUGCAAGUAAUUAAAGAUGCUACAAAUGAAUCACAAAUCCACUAUAUACCUGACAAAAAUGAUGACUUUGAUGAAGAGGAUCCUGAUGAUGAUUUACCAUUUUAA